CCCCUUGGCCCGUCCCCCGUCCCCCCCAGGUCUGUGAGGAGCAGAAGUGCGAGGAAGAGGUCUUCUCCUUGGCCAUGAACUACCUGGACCGCUUCCUGGCGGGGGUCCCCACCCUCAAGACCCACCUGCAGCUGCUGGGGGCCGUGUGUAUGUUCCUGGCCUCCAAGCUAAAGGAGAGCAGCCCGCUGACGGCCGAGAAGCUGUGCGUCUACACCGACAACACCGUGACCCCCCACGAGCUCCUGGAGUGGGAGCUGGUGGUGCUGGGGAAGCUGAAGUGGAACUUGGCGGCCGUCACCCCGCACGACUUCGUGGAGCACAUUCUCCGGAAGCUUCCCCAGCAGCCCGAGACGCUGGCGCGCAUCCGCAAGCACGCGCAGACCUUCAUCGCGCUGUGUGCCACGGACUUCAAGUUCUCCACGUACCUCCCCUCCAUGAUCGCCACGGGGAGCGUGGCGGCCGCCCUGCGCGGUCUGCAGCAGCAGCAGCAGCAGCAGCAGCAGGAGGAGGAGGAGGCGGCCAGCGCGCCCAGCUGCGAGGCCCUCACCCAGCUGCUGGCCAGGAUCACCAACACCGACGUGGACUGCCUGACGGCCUGUCAGGAGCAGAUCGAGGCCGUCCUGCUCGACAGCCUGCAGCAGUUCGGCCAGGAACAACGGGAGCACCCCGAGUCGGAAGUGGAAGCGGACCCAGCCACCACCCCCACGGACGUGAGGGACGUUGACCUGUAGAGUGUGACCCCCCCCCGCCGCGGGAGGAGGGACCCCGGGCCACCGCCCCGCCUUCUCCCUGCUUCUGUCGGCCUCUUGAUGUUCUAGAAGGAAACCUUUCUUCCAAAAAGACAGAACACACACAAUGGUCUGUCCCGACGCAGGUGCCAUUUCAAGACCGUUUUUUGUGUUGUUAGAAGUCAAAAGAGAAGGCCCCUACAUUUGAAAAGCGCCCCCCCCCCGGUUUGUUGUUGAUGGCUCAUUUGUAGAAAGAACUUUCUGGAAAGUGACUGGAGUAGGGAGGAAAGAAACAACAGCAGCAAACACCCCAUUGCUGGGGCUGAUGGAGCGCUGUAGGAUCCUGACACGGAGCAGGGCCUGGCACCAUGGGGCAGAGGACAGACGGACGGACGGACGGACGAUGGAUGGAUGAUGGAUGGACAGACGGACGGACAGAUGGAUGGAUGGACG